AUCACAUUGUGCUGAAAGAGCGGCGAAGGAUGCUGCUAUCAAGGAAACUGUUGGAGCUUGCUAACCCACUUCAAGAGGGUACUUCUGGAGGCUUAUCAGAAUUCCUUAAACAACAGUAUGCUGAAAAAGGGAAGGAAGACAUUCAUGUUGGAGAGUUAGUGCCUGGAAAUCAGCUUGACGACAAGCCUGAAGUAACUGCUUUUGUUUCCUGCAGAACUUUGGUAACUGGUUCGUCAGAUGACAUUAUUGCAGAAACGUCAUCUGUAAUCAAUCAAUAUUCAAGCGGAUCAACUAAAUCAGGUGAUGAUAUGGAAAUUCAUGUAAGUGACAAGAACUCAUCAGAGAGAAUGAUGGUGGAGUUGAAUUCAUCUGAGGGGCAGGGUUAUGUGCCUGCUAACACAAGUAGUGCAUGUACUUCACUGUCAUCAACCUUUGUUAAGGUCAAGGAUGAACCUGGGGAUAACAAUAACUUACCUGACCCUGACAAGAGUGCUAUACAUGACUUUUCCUUUAACAAGCAGCCAUUGAAGAGUGAAUUGGGAGUCUUUGAUAAACCAUAUGGAGAUGAUGUAGACCAUAUGCCACUGCAAGACCGGAUGAAGAUGCCAACGUUGGUGGAAAAUAACAUAUCGAGGAACAAUGAAUACUUGAAGAAAAGUGUGCUGUCUUCUGUUGGAUGUAGCAUUAUUGCUUCAGAAUCUGCUGAUCCAAUACGCAUCAGCCGUCCACGGAAGAGAAAAAAGACUGUCACUGAUUCGGUUGAGUCAGCAUUGGAGGAAGAUGCUCCUGGACUCCUGAAGGUGUUGAUUGACAAAGGGGUCUCAGUUGAUGAAAUUAAGCUUUAUGGGGAGAUGGAGAGCGAUGAAGCUCUUGAUGAGUCAUUUAUUGAAGAGAGUUUUUCUGAGCUUGAAGCUGUGAUUACAAAGCUUUUCUCUCAGCGGGAAUCCUUUAUAAAAUUUGCUCCUGUACGAUGCACAAAGGGUGCUAGAGCUACUUAUUGCUUGGCCUGUCUAUUUUCACUUGUGGAGCAGGCCCGAUAUUUGCAGUUUCGACAAUGGCCUGUUGAAUGGGGGUGGUGCCGAGACCUCCAAUCAUUUAUAUUUGUCUUUAAAAGACAUAACAGGAUAGUGCUGGAACGUCCUGAAUAUGGCUAUGCAACCUACUUUUUUGAGAUAGUGGAUUCCUUACCCGUUGACUGGCAGAUCAAGCGUUUGGUGACUGCAAUGAGGCUUAGUAGCUGUGGCAGGGUUUCUCUAAUUGAGAACAAAGCAUUAGUGGUAAUGGCUUUAGUGCAUCUUUCAAGAUGACAGGUCAAUUAUAUCAUUUUCUUAUGGUUAUUACUGACUUUGUUAUAUUAAUUGGCCUGCUAGGACUGUAUGUAUAUAAUAAAUGUCUAUGAUAGAUGUGCCAUGGGGCCAUGUAUGACUGGGUAGGAAACUACAUUGACCUCAACCUUCUGCUCCUAGAUUAGGAAAUUUGGUUUUAAAAUUUUUUAUGUCAUUGUUCAAUCUGAUGCUUGGGACACUUGACUGGAUUCUAAUCUCUGUUAGGU